CCGCACGCGCGCGCUCCCGAACGUCCCCGGGAGCCGAGCCAGCGCGAGCGGAGCCGGGCGCGCACGAGUGAAAAGGAGGCGGCGGCGGCUGCUGCUGCUGCUGCUGCUACUACUGCUGCUGCCAGCAACAGAUCCCAGCGCCCGCAGCAGACCUGCUCUUCUGUUGGGCGGUUCCCACUCCCUCCCUGCUCAUUUCAAACGAAUUUAUUACAUUUGAGAAAUCUUGCUUUUUUAAAAAAAAUUUUAUUCUCUCAUGGCGCUGGCCCCAGGUCCGCGGGAGGUUUUCUCCACUUCAAGAUGGGCUUUGCCAUUUCCGUCUUGGACACCAAUGGUGGCCUGAUUGUCAGUUUUCUCCAGGCGUUUUUAAGGCUAGCAGGCGAGCGCUGCACGUAGGCGAGUCCCUCUCCUGAGCGGGUUGACUCAUCUUCGUCCUUAUUCGGGGGCAGAACCAGUGGCCUCGUGCUCCCCGUCCUCUUUGCAGAAGGGACCGCGUAGUCAGAGGCGGCUUGCCCCAAGGGUGAGAUUCCUCCCGGGGUGAGCGGGUGUGUGUGCCCUCCCUGCCGGCGCCGGGAAAAUGGAGGCUGUGAUUGAGAAGGAAUGCAGCGCGCUCGGAGGCCUCUUCCAGACCAUAAUCAGCGACAUGAAGGGGAGCUAUCCAGUUUGGGAAGAUUUCAUAAACAAAGCAGGAAAGCUGCAAUCUCAGCUUCGAACAACAGUAGUCGCAGCAGCUGCCUUCUUGGAUGCCUUUCAGAAAGUGGCUGACAUGGCUACCAGCACACGUGGUGGCACCAGGGAGAUCGGCUCUGCUCUCACCAGGAUGUGCAUGAGGCAUAGAAGCAUAGAAGCCAAGCUGAGGCAGUUUUCCAGUGCAUUGAUUGAUUGUCUGAUAAACCCACUUCAAGAACAGAUGGAAGAAUGGAAGAAAGUGGCCAAUCAGCUGGAUAAGGAUCACGCAAAAGAAUAUAAAAAAGCUCGGCAAGAAAUAAAGAAGAAGUCCUCUGAUACACUGAAGCUGCAGAAGAAAGCAAAGAAAGUGGACAUUCUCGGGAGAGGUGAUAUCCAGCCUCAAUUGGACAGUGCUCUUCAAGAUGUCAAUGAUAAAUAUCUCUUGUUGGAAGAAACAGAAAAGCAGGCUGUCCGGAAAGCUUUGAUUGAAGAACGUGGCCGGUUCUGCACCUUCAUCUCUAUGCUGCGGCCUGUGAUUGAAGAAGAAAUCUCAAUGCUAGGGGAAAUAACUCACCUUCAGACUAUAUCGGAAGAUCUGAAAAGCCUGACUAUGGACCCUCACAAACUGCCCUCUUCAAGUGAACAGGUGAUUUUGGAUCUGAAAGGUUCUGACUACAGUUGGUCAUACCAGACACCACCCUCUUCCCCCAGCACCACCAUGUCCCGCAAGUCAAGUGUUUGCAGCAGCCUGAAUAGUGUCAACAGCAGCGACUCUCGGUCCAGCGGCUCCCAUUCCCAUUCUCCCAGCUCACACUACCGCUACCGCAGCUCCAACCUGGCCCAGCAGGCACCUGUGCGACUGUCCAGCGUGUCCUCCCAUGACUCAGGAUUCAUCUCUCAGGACGCCUUCCAGUCCAAGUCACCGUCCCCCAUGCCACCAGAGGCCCCCAACCAGAACUCAUCCAGCUCGGCCUCCUCUGAAGCCUCUGAAACCUGCCAAUCAGUGAGCGAGUGCAGCUCGCCUACCUCGGUCAGCUCAGGCUCUACCAUGGGCGCCUGGGCAUCCACUGAGAAGUUGUCUAACGGGUUUUCUCACAGUAGUUUAUCAAGUGAGUCCCAUGUGGGGCUCAUGGGGACAAACCUUUUCCCUCAUUGCCUGCCUGCCUCCCGCCUGCUCCCUCGGGUCACCUCUGUCCACCUUCCAGACUACGCUCAUUAUUACACCAUUGGGCCCGGCAUGUUCCCGUCAUCUCAGAUCCCUAGCUGGAAGGACUGGGCCAAGCCUGGACCUUAUGACCAGCCUCUGGUGAACACCCUGCAGCGCCGCAAGGAGAAGAGGGAGCCAGACCCCAACGGAGGAGGAUCUACAGCCUCGGGUGGUGUACCUACAGCUGCCGAUGAGGUUCAGCGACCUCGCAGCAUGACUGUAUCAGCAGCUACCAGGCCUGGUGAGGAGAUGGAGGCUUGUGAGGAAUUGGCCCUGGCCCUGUCUCGAGGUCUCCAGCUCGAUACCCAGAGGAGCAGCAGAGACUCACUUCAGUGUUCCAGUGGCUACAGCACCCAGACGACCACACCGUGUUGUUCUGAGGACACCAUCCCCUCCCAAGUUUCAGAUUAUGAUUAUUUCUCAGUAAGUGGUGACCAGGAAGCAGAUCAACAAGAGUUUGACAAAUCCUCCACCAUUCCAAGGAACAGUGACAUCGGCCAGUCAUACCGACGAAUGUUCCAAGCCAAGCGUCCAGCAUCAACUGCUGGUCUCCCCACCACUCUUGGACCUGCUAUGGUCACACCAGGAGUUGCAACCAUCCGACGGACCCCUUCUACCAAGCCUUCUGUCCGCCGAGGGACCAUUGGAGCUGGUCCCAUUCCCAUCAAGACACCUGUGAUCCCUGUCAAGACCCCAACUGUCCCAGACCUCCCUAUGAUGUUGCCUGCCCCUCCAGAUGGGCCAGAGGAACGGGGUGAGCAUAGCCCUGAGUCACCAUCUGUAGGUGAGGGCCUUCAAGGUGUCAUCAGCAUGCCCUCCUCACUGUGGAGUGGCCAAGCUGCCAUUAACCCUCCUCUUCCAGGCCUAAAGUCAAGUAUCCCUGAGGAGCAUAGACAGGUGAUUCCAGAAAGUGAGGCUGAAGAUCAGGAAAGGGAUCCCUCAAAUGCCACUGCCUCCCCAGGUCAGAUUCCAGAGAGCGAUCCUGCAGACCUGAGUCCAAGAGAUGCUCCCCAAGGAGAAGAUAUGCUGAACGCCAUCCGAAGGGGUGUGAAACUGAAGAAGACCACAACAAAUGACCGCUCAGCCCCUCGCUUCUCCUAGGUUCUCUAAGGUUCACAAGUAAUGUUGCCAGUGGGGAAGGGACUGUUUAAUUAAUAAAACCAUUGUCUUGAUCCAUUCCAGUCAAAUAAUCAAACAAGACUUUAUAGGCAACCCAGAAUACAGCUCUUUUGAAAGUACUCAACACCUUUAGAUAAGAAAAGCAACAUGUAACUGACAUAAUCUUGAUCUUUUAAUUUGUAAAUACUGACAACUUUAUUUCUGCACAUUUUAAUCUUAAUUUCUUUCUCUCUUGAUUUUUCUGAAGGUGCCAAAUUCCAUUUAACUUUUUUACAAAUCUUUGUAAAAUUUUAAAUGCAUAGGGGGGGGCCGCUCAGGGCAGGGGAACCACCAAGUAGUUAAUUUCAGAAAAGUGGUAACUAUAUUUACUUUUCUUUUUUCCUGCAAGCUUUUUUAGAUGCAUUGUAGUAGUCUGACUUAGAAGCAAAUCCAAGUUAUUUUAAUGUACAAAUGGGUAUGGGUAAAAAAAACAAAAACAAAACUUCAUUUAAAUAUACUAUGUUCUAGAUGAAAAUUAAAAAAAAAGAGCAGGAAUAACAAUAAGCACUAUUCAGAGUGAAGUAAAUCUGGAAGUGGUAGACUGUUUUGGGAUUGGGGGGAGGGCCAUGGGAGGGACACACUGUCAACAUAGUCGAUCCUGUUAAAUACAUUUAAGAGUAGCCAUGUAGGUUGAGUUUCUAGUAGCUUCAUGGUAAAUGCAUCCAAAUAAGCCAUACCGGAUUGCAGUGUUUUUUUCUGUAGGACUUCAUUUCUCCCAUGACUCCUCUUGACUGCACAAGCACCCACCUCCAGCCCUGUGCAUGCUGCUGCCUCUGGGUAGACAUAGAAUGCCCUACUUUUUUGUUUCUUGUCUAUUGUACCCACCUUCAUUGAAUCCAAAUACAUCACAAAGGGUAAGGCAGUUUGUAAAAUGUGAAAACAUAAAAUAAAAAUAAAAAAAAAAGCAGGGAAUUCUUAGAUAUAGCCAAUGCCUUUUACUUUUUACUUAACUGUGCCUAGCAGGCUGGGUGCAUUAAAAAGCCCAAAUAUUUUGGAAAAAAAAAAAACAAAAAAACAUACAGAUUUAACAAGGGUAACCAGCUUUGAGUCUAGCAACUUGCCAAUGUGUUUACCAAUCUAGGGGGCUUGUUUUUCUUUUCUUUUUUUUUUUAAAUAAAUGGCAGUUAAUUGGCUUCCUACUAAACACUCAAGAGAGGAGGAUUCAUGUAUUGUCACUGGGAAUCUGGCCACUACACUUCUACCCUCCCCCUUUUAUUUUCUGUAUUCUAGGCAAUGUUUUUUGGAAUGGAUUUAUGUCUUUUCUUUAAGUGAAAUCCCUAAAGCCAACAGAGAUAUGUAGAUCAGAAAAGCUGUUCACAUUUGGAGAAGAUAACUGUGUGCAAGCAAGCAAAGCCCCUUAGCAGCUGGGUCAGUUGAUAGUAUCAUGUUACUGUAUCUGAUGGAUCCCACAGAUCCUACAAAUUUCUGUUGGUCUAAUCUACAACCACAUAUUAUGCUUUAAUACAUAACUGCAAUGGAUGUGACAGUAAUACACCUGUUGUAUAGUUGUUGUUCUAUAUAUUAACAUUUAACACUGCUGUGAUUGCUCAAGGACAUUUUAUGUUCAGCUUUAAAGCAAAGGCAUGGUUUAUUAGAAACAAAGCUUUUUUUUUUUCUUUGAAAAACAAGCUCCUUUUACAGAAUAUAAUCAACAGUAGUGCCUGUGGUUUAGCCCACCAAUCUUGAGAACUAAAAGUAGCUGAUGCGUUGUGCAUAUGAUGCUUGAGAUGGUUUUUGCCAGAGCAGAAAUCACUGCAAGGUAAUCACAAUAGAUAACAGUGGUAUUUUAAACCUUUGAAAUAAACAGUUGUCACUGUACCUUGGUACAGCUUUUCACUUGUUUAGUUUUUAAAAGUUAGUAUAAUCUGAAUAAAUUUAAUAUAAAAUGUUGCCAAAUUUAAUGUAGAAAGAAUGUGACAAAACACCUUGGGUAGUUCUGUUUGUGUUUUUGCAUAUUGUAAAAGCAGUGUCACAGCUAAAAAUAAAGAAAUCCUUUCUAAAGGUAAA